CGGGGGCGGCGGCGGCGGCGGGACCCUCUCGGGGUGGUGCAGACCCGGCUGCUCUGGCCGUGCCCGCAAAGGCCUGCAAGAAGCAGCUCCGCCGCAGGGGUGCUGCUGCGCUCCCUCCUCUCCAACCCGAACAAGAGCUCUGUUGGAUCUGGAAGACCGUCUCCUUUAUUGGCGGCAUUUGCUUUCCUCCCAGGAGAAAGGCGGCGCCGAGGAGGCAGUGGAAAAAACAUAACCUCUUCUUGCGAAAGAUGCGAAAGCCGUGUGGCCCCGGGCGGGGGUGGGACAAGAGCUCCCUGGGCCGGAGCCCCCUCCCAGCACUGCCCGCGAGGGCGCAGGAGGGCGCCGCCUUCUGCCUCCCCGCACCCCGCCGUUAGUUGAUCUCCUACGCAAAGGGCUGCCACCCAAAGUGGACUCCCUUCCGGACCGUCCGGCCACACGCCAUGGAGAUCAGCCACUCCGUCAAGGAGCGCACCAUCUCGGAGAACAGCUUGGUGAUCCUGCUGCAGGGCCUCCACGGCCGUGUCACCACGGUGGAGCUGCGGGACGAGGGUGUGGUGGUCGGCCGCAUCGUCAACGUGGACGCUUUCAUGAACAUCCGCCUAUCGGAAGCCACCUUCACUGACCGCUCCAGCCAUUCUGCCUGGCUGGCCGACCUCUUUGUGACGGGAAGGAACGUUCGCUACGUCCACAUCCCUGAAGAUAUGGACAUCAGGGCCACCAUCCAGCAGCAGCUGCAGCUCAUCCACCGAGUCCGCACCUUUGGUGGCCGAGACAAGGGGAGGAAGGAGUUCCUCAGGCAGAGGGACACAUGAGCCUGCCAGGACCCUGGACUCGUGCUGGACGUGCGCAGCGAACCCCUUGAGCCAGACGACGAGGAGGGGACCUUUCCGGGGCUCUGCCUUGGGGCUCUGCCUUGGCCAGUCCUCCCUCUUCCUUUCCCCAAAUAAACUCUUGUUUCAAGCCCUCA